UUUGUCCUCAUUUAAAUUUCAUCUUAUUUCACUAGUUAAAUUGAUUGGAUUUAACACUUCAUUCUCAUUUAAUACGUAAAAACAUUUAGACGGAAAAAGAUGGAUUCUGGACACCGUCACGGCGGCGGAGUUGCCGGAAAAUGGAAAAAGAGGCCCACAAUUUUCACCAAUUACAGAGCACCACUCCUCCUCUUCACCUUCACAGUAAUCGCUAUCUUCAUCUCCUCCAAAAUCUUCAUCUCUCCUUCUCUCCUUCCACUUUCCCCAGACUCACGCCCUCCCCAAUGCACCCACACUCCGGGAGAGAAGUACCUCUGGUAUGCGCCCCACAGCGGCUUCAGCAACCAGCUCUCCGAGUUCAGGAACGCUAUUUUGAUGGCCGCCAUUCUCAAUCGCACGCUGAUUGUGCCUCCUGUUCUCGAUCACCACGCCGUCGCCCUCGGGAGUUGCCCCAAAUUUAGGGUUUUGGAUCCGAAUGAAUUGAGAUUCAGAGUCUGGAAUCACAGUAUUCAGCUUAUCCGUGAUCGCAGGUAUGUAUCCAUGGCAGAUAUAGUUGAUCUUUCAUCUCUAGUGGCCUCUUCAGCUGUCAGAUUUAUGGAUUUCAGGGUUUUUGUGUCAAAGUGGUGUGACGUGAAUCUCAGUUUGGCUUGCACUGCAGACUCAAGUAUGCAUUCAUCAUUGCUUGAGAAACUAAGACAAUGUGGAUCUUUACUGUCUGGAUAUGAUGGUAAUGUGGAUGCAUGUUUAUUUGCUUCCCAAGAAGAUUGCAGAACAACGGUAUGGACAUACCAAACUGAUGAUGGGGUUUUAGAUUCAUUUCAAGCUGACGAAGAACUCAAGAAGAAAAGGAAAUUUUCAUUUUCGAGGACAAGGAAGGAUGUUUCUAGGGCCCUUGGUCCUGGAUCUACUGCUGGAUCAGCCACUGUCCUGGCCUUUGGGAGCCUAUUUACCGGACCAUAUAAGGGAUCUGAAUCGCAUAUUGACAUCCAUGAAGCUCCAAACGAUCAAAGGGUACAGUUAGUAAUUCAGAAGAUUGAAUUUCUACAAUUUGUGCCUGAAAUCUUGAAUGCUGGGAAGAGUUUUGCACACGAGAUGAUUAGUGCUCCAUUUAUUUGUGCACAGCUUAGGUUAUUGGAUGGUCAGUUUAAGAACCACUGGGACGGUACUUUCCAAGUAUUGAAGCAGACCCUAGACUCGUUGAAACAGAAGGGCUCUCUCCCAAUUCAUGUAUUCAUAAUGACAGAUCUUCCCCGGCUUAAUUGGACUGGAAGUUAUUUGGGGGAUCUCGAAAAAGAUUCUGAUUCUUUUAAGCUGUUUGUUCUGAGAGAAGAAGACGAAUUAGUAACUGAAACUGCUAAGAAACUUGUAAAUGCAGCAUAUGGAUUGAAGCUGCAAUCCGUUUCUAGUAGUUUUGAUGGAAGAGAGCAACACUGCAGUCCUCUAUCAUUACCUGAUAUACUACUAUAUGUCGAAGAAACUAUCUGCGGUUGUGCUUCUCUAGGUUUCGUUGGGACUGCUGGUUCAACCAUUGCCAAUAGCAUAGAAUUGAUGAGAAAAAAUCAUGCAUGUUCAUAAUGAAGAUAGAAGAAUGUGAGACAGUAUUAACUGUUGAUUAAACCUCAUUGAUGGAAUCAGAGAUAGAAGCAAGACUACACAAAGUAUAAUGGAUCCUAUAAGGUCUCCAUUUGAGACGCUAGAAAUAUGAGAUCACCCCAUCAUCUGAAGGCAUGAUGCAGUUAUUUACUUCACAAUUCUUUGCUCAAGUUGGUCAUUAUUCUUUUCCGAUCCAACUCAGACUGUGUGAGCAGGCAGUAAAUCAGUCGCGGAAUUGAAGAAGAACCAUAGAGAUACCACAUGAAUUUCCAGUUUCAACAAAAUGGCCUGCAUCUCCCUUUUGUAGUCACUCAAAUACUCUCUCGUGACCUCCACAAAACUUAGAUGAUGGAAGUGGAAGCUCCUCACUGAGGUUCAUCCUUACUAUCUCAAGAGAUUUCCAAUAGUUUGGAGUCAAAUGAGAAGGUAAUACAUCUUUGUGUGCUUAUAAAGUUAUAAUUCUCCUGUUAACAUGCAUGAUACAUAGGUCUCAACAAGUUGAAAAACAUUCAUAAUUGUAUCCAUGUGUUUCUUCCUUCAAAUUUUAUGAAAAAUGAUUCAUUCUUAAGUCAUAUGUCUCUCGUAGUGGUAUGUGAUAUUCAGUUGGUAAAAAGGUAGAGCUCAUGUCUCAUUGAUCCUUUAUUUUCCUUUUGAGCGACGUGUAUGCAUAAAUAAUGUUUCAUCUCAUACUUUAUUGAUGUGCAAGGCACACUAAACUGCUAGUACUUUUUUAA